AUGAAUUUUGAACCGGCACCUUUCACCACCUUGCAGUACUACCCUGAUCCUUGCAUCCCGCGGUUUGUAGAAACUCCGAGCCACUUCUCUUGGAAGGAGAGUUACUACAGAUCAGCUAUGUCCCAGAACUCACAGCCCAGGGAAUUCCUCAGUCCAGAGGUGCUCCAGCAUAUUUGGGACUUCCUGGAACAGCCAAUAUGCUCAGUUCAGCCAAUUGAUUUAAACUUCAUCGAUGACCCAUCUGAAAAUGGCCCUACAAACAAAAUAGAGAUCAGCAUGGACUGUGUCCGGGUGCAGGACACAGAACUGAAUGACCCAAUGUGGCCACAGUAUACGAACCUUGGGCUCCUAAACAGCAUGGACCAGCAGAUCCAGAAUGGUUCUUCCUCCACCAGCCCCUACAACACGGAGCAUGCGCAGAACAGCGUCACGGCACCCUCACCUUAUGCCCAGCCCAGCUCAACUUUUGAUGCCCUCUCACCCUCCCCAGCCAUCCCUUCCAACACAGACUACCCAGGACCUCACAGCUUUGAUGUAUCAUUUCAACAGUCCAGCACAGCCAAGUCAGCAACGUGGACGUAUUCUACCGAACUGAAAAAGCUGUAUUGCCAGAUUGCCAAAACAUGUCCCAUCCAGAUCAAAGUGAUGACCCCACCACCUCAGGGAGCUGUUAUCAGGGCUAUGCCAGUCUACAAGAAAGCUGAACACGUCACUGAAGUGGUCAAACGCUGCCCAAACCAUGAGCUGAGCCGGGAGUUCAAUGAAGGGCAGAUUGCACCUCCCAGCCAUCUGAUCAGGGUGGAAGGGAACAGCCAUGCCCAGUACGUAGAAGACCCCAUCACCGGGAGGCAAAGUGUGCUGGUCCCCUAUGAGCCACCCCAGGUUGGUACGGAGUUCACAACAGUCUUGUACAACUUCAUGUGUAACAGCAGCUGCGUGGGAGGUAUGAAUCGUCGCCCGAUCCUCAUCAUUGUGACACUGGAAACUAGAGACGGGCAAGUCUUGGGCCGCCGAUGUUUCGAAGCCCGCAUUUGCGCUUGCCCAGGCAGAGAUCGCAAAGCAGACGAGGACAGCAUCCGCAAGCAGCAAGUCUCUGACAGCACAAAGAAUGGUGAUGGUACGAAGCGCCCUUUUCGACAAGGAACUCAUGGCAUACAGAUGACAUCUAUCAAAAAAAGGCGUUCCCCGGAUGAUGAGCUCUUAUAUUUACCAGUGAGGGGACGGGAGACAUAUGAAAUGCUACUAAAGAUCAAAGAGUCCCUGGAACUAAUGCAGUACCUUCCCCAGCACACGAUUGAGACCUACCGGCAGCAGCAGCAACAGCAGCACCAGCACUUGCUCCAGAAGCAGACAUCUAUGCAGUCACAGUCAUCCUACGGCUCCAACUCUCCACCACUUGGCAAAAUGAACAGCAUGAACAAGCUGCCCUCGGUCAGCCAGUUAAUUAACCCUCAGCAGCGCAAUGCCCUGACCCCAACCACCAUCCCUGACGGCAUGGGAACCAACAUUCCCAUGAUGGGCGCCCACAUGGCCAUGACCGGCGACAUGAAUGGCCUCAGCCCCACGCAGGCCCUGCCUCCUCCCCUCUCCAUGCCUUCAACAUCCCACUGCACCCCCCCUCCUCCAUACCCCACAGACUGCAGCAUUGUCAGCUUCUUAGCGAGGUUGGGCUGCUCAUCCUGUGUGGAUUAUUUCACGACCCAGGGGCUGACCACCAUCUAUCAGAUUGAGCAUUACUCCAUGGAUGAUCUGGUGAGCCUCAAGAUCCCAGAGCAGUUCCGCCAUGCCAUCUGGAAGGGUAUCCUGGACCACCGGCAGCUCCAUGACUUCUCCUCCCCUCCCCACCUCCUGCGCACCCCCAGUGGCGCCUCCACCGUCAGCGUGGGCUCCAGCGAGACGCGGGGGGAGCGAGUCAUCGAUGCGGUCCGCUUCACGCUCCGGCAGACCAUCUCCUUCCCGCCUCGCGAUGAGUGGAACGACUUCAACUUCGACAUGGAUGCUCGCCGCAACAAACAGCAGCGCAUCAAGGAGGAAGGGGAGUGA